AUGACUUGUGCUAGAAUGAAUGAAUUCAACAAGAAAUUUAACACUUCGUUUCAAAUUUAUAAUCCCAAAAACAGACAUUUUCACCCCAGAGACGUACAUGAUGAAUUAGAUUGGGUUUUUUACUUACACAACUCGCAUUUCUGUCUGAUUAGAAGAAGCCAAAAAAGUUUUGGAAUUCAAGAAAUAGAAGACAAUUACGAACAGGUGUGGAAAACGUGUAGAGACGAUACCGCAGUAACACAGGUUUCACCCCUCAAACUAAGUAUGAGUGAUGAUGCGUUAUUCGCUUGGGAUUGCGAAACGUAUUCAGAAAAAGACACGCGAAGAGCAAUUCCGUAUUGUUGCACUUUAAUUAAUUUAGAAAAACUAAGAAAAAAGUUAGAAACGAUAAAAGAUUUAAAUCCUACUGAUAAAGUUCCAGAAGAAUUUUAUGAUAAACUAAUGAAUGUAGUAGAAAUAUUUGUAGGUACAGAUUGUAUAGAUCAAAUGUUGAAAUAUUUAGGUCAAUAUGAUAGAAAGAGAUUAAUAUUAAUUUCUCAUAACGGCAGUGGUUUCGAUAACUGGAUCGUGCUUAAAAAUACAAAAAAACUAACGCAUUGCCCUUUAAAAACACCCAGAGGAAUUCUAUCUUUUCCUUUAUCUAAUCCAUACACAGAUGAAGAUUUACAGAAAAAAUGGAAAACACAGAAAGAAAUAAAGGGUAACUAUUUACAACAUAUUAAUUUCACGUGUUCCUAUCAACACGAAUCCUCUAGUUUGGCUGCAUGGGGAAAUUCUUCCAAUCUCCCGGCGAAUUUGAGAAAGAUUGCCUACGUAGAUAUCGCUAAAUACACGCAAGACAACUGA